ACGGAAGUAAUUCGGGAAGCUCUGACUUGGCUCUGACGUGGCCAAAUAAUAACCGCCAUCUUGAGGAAGGAAACGCCUUGAAAGAGGAAAGGAUUGAAAACAACUUUUACCUCCUGCCAAAGUUGAAUCCGUCGUCGUUCACUAUGGGGAAUUUAUUUGCAAGCCUCUUUAAAGCAUUUGGCAAGAAAGAGAUGAGGAUCCUCAUGGUGGGUCUCGAUGCCGCUGGUAAAACUACUAUCCUGUACAAGCUCAAACUAGGAGAAAUUGUAACUACCAUUCCAACUAUAGGUUUUAACGUUGAGACAGUAGAGUACAAGAACAUAAGCUUUACAGUGUGGGAUGUAGGUGGUCAAGACAAAAUUCGACCGUUGUGGCGCCACUACUUCCAGAACACACAGGGUCUCAUCUUUGUUGUGGACAGCAAUGACAGAGAGCGUGUCAACGAAGCCCGUGAAGAGCUGAUGAGAAUGUUAGCAGAAGACGAACUACGAGAGGCAGUGUUAUUAGUAUUUGCAAACAAACAGGACCUCCCAAAUGCUAUGAACGCGGCUGAAAUCACAGACAAGUUGGGACUGCACUCCCUCCGCCAUAGAAACUGGUACAUCCAAGCUACCUGUGCCACAAGCGGAGAUGGUCUCUACGAAGGACUGGAUUGGUUGUCUAAUCAGCUCAAAAACCAGAAAUAGGCCUCCAAUUCGUCCACUGUCCUCUUCAACUGACAUAUUCCCUUUUCACACUACUGUGCUGACCUAAAUCGUACAGUGAUUUCUUUCACAUUGUCCUUUCCAAUGCAGUUCUAGGAACUGGGUUAGAUGAGUUACCAGGAUGGCACAGUACAGCAUGAGUCGGCUCAGUAGUGUGAAAAGGGUAACACUGUAUCUUCUCUCUACCUUUUGCUUUGUACUCUUCUGAUGUUGCAAAUUGAGCUACUUUUGUCAAAAAGUACCUACUGGAAAGCUGCCCUCAUUUCUCAGCUCUAGUUAAAACAAUGCACCAUAUGGGCCAAGGGGGAUAAUAACCCCAUCUUGGAAAGCUGUCAGGUUUCUUAUUUAAUGUAAAUAGUCUUGUUUUUUGGGAGAGGGGUGGGUAAUGAGGCAGCUGAUUGCACACAUCCACCGUGGUUAUUUCCUCUUGGCCCUUGGGCAGAUGUACACGUGAGUAGUAAAUGGAAAAGGGAGGCAAAAACUUUACAUUAACCAGCUAACAUGGGUUUCUAUAUUUCACCCCUACAUUUAAUGACUACAUUAUACAUUAAGUCAGCUGGUAAUUUGUACUGUACGUGGGGGGGUUCAUGCAUACAUACAGAUGCACUACUUGCAACGAAUAUGGUUUAAUACCUCUGAAUGCUACAAUAUCCAGCUCCCCCAAAAUACAAUUUAGCAAAACACUGGCAUUACCUAGUUGUACUGUGAGAAUAUUAUUGAGAUGAAGCCUAAAAUAGAGGUCCGUGGUCUUCAAAGUCAGUAACUCUUGUCUUCAAAGUCAGUAACUCUUGUCAACACUUACCAGCAUUUGUUGUGUCUGAUCAUGCUGGCUUUCAUUGAGAUGUUGCUGUGGCUGCCAUGCAGAGUAACUGUUCUAUGAAUCUCAUCUUUCACCUUCUGAUGGACAGGGGUGCUGUCUGGUCGGCAUUAUGUUUGUAUGACAUUGUCUCCAGUAAAUAAUCAUGUGUACUGCCUUUGUUGCAGUGAGCCAUAAUUUAAUAGCAAAAAAAGUGCAUGAUGUUGGACAAGCAACAAGUGCAUGUUUGAGAUGCACAGAUUGUGCAAAUCAACAGGAAUUCACAUGCCUGGAAAAGCAGAAUUCCUUCCUGCCUAUCCAUUUGUUAUAAUAAUCCCAUAUGCUGUGCUGAAUCUAAUCUCUCAAACACUGAUUGUAAGUGGGACUAGCUAAUUGAUUGUUUACAUUUUUGGACUGCACAAGCAUUCUGUCGUUCACUCUCUUAGCAGCAGAUGCUCAAGGGUUGGAAUGCCUGGGUAUCCUCAACAUCAGCCUCACAAUGACUCAGCGCCACAAGAACCUUCUAACUCAAGGUGUAUGCUUUACGAUUUACUGGUAUGACAAAAGCAGUUGUAGGCCUGCAUUAGCCUCCAUUAUCGUAACCUGAAGACAUUGUUUUCAUGCCUUUAGUGAGAAUGAUGAAAAUAUUGUUUCGGAAGGAGGCAUGUAUCAUGUAUGUCAUUGGCCAUAUGAAAUCUGUAUGAUGUCCAUUUUUUCAAAUUAGUGCUAGUACUUUUUCUCCUUUGUAGCUCAUGUCGUCCGUGGCUAUCUUCUGAGGGGAUACUUUUGUCCUCGUGUCAAAGAAACAUGCAAAACCUUUGAGCUUAUCAAAAGGUUCUGGGUGUUGUUCCACCAGAGUGCUAUGGGAAUAUAUUUUAUCUUUUAAAGCAAGUUGUUGGAUAAAAAAAAACUAACUGAUUGCCUGAACUUUUGUUGAAAUCAUGUUUAUUUCUUAGGUAAAACUGUCUAAACAUGUUUUAUUUUUUAUGUAACGUUAUUCCGGCUUUCAUUUUUGUGUGAGAAAAGCACUGUAAUUAAAGCAAUUAGAGAAACUUUA